CAUAUAGAGAUGACAAUAUUAAUAAUUUAGCAGAAAGCAUCUGAAAACAGCUUGGUCUUUAACCUAGAUUUGAAGCUGCCAACAGCAGGAGCAUUUUUGAUGUCCUCUGGGAGUUGGUUCCAUAGCUGUACUGCAAAGUAGCUAAAAGCUGCUUGUUAGAAUAUAUGCAUAAGCUGCUAUGUUCUCGAGCCUGUGUACUAACCUUUUUUUUAACUGCUGUAACCUUUUGAUGAACUUGCUGACAACUAUGUCUGCACAACUGUUCCUGUUUUGCUGGAGGAAGUGCUAGCCCAAUCCAGCUGACAGUGUCAUAAGUAACCUAUUGCACAAUAUAUAGAAUGCUCAAAACCUUUCCAUAUAAGGCUAAACCCAGCUAUGUGAUAUUUGCGACAUCUGUAUCCUGUCGCCUAUAAAAAUGUAACCUCUGUUCUUCCCCUUCUGAGCAUUGCUUCGAAUAAACCAGAUUUGAUUUCACUCGUGUGGUUUGUUCCUCUAUGCUCCGGAGCGCUCCUAUGACAUUGACACAUCAGGACACAGACGGGCCGUAAGAAGUCCCGUUUCUUACAAUUUGGUGACCCCGACGUGAUACUCCUGAUCAGGUUUUUGUGUUUCAGUGAUCUGCCAAGACAAUAGCUGACGGCCUUUUCAGGGAUCGCCUCUGCCAGCAUCUGGAGAAAUCCGGUUUCGGCUGACCUACAAAGAGGGGAUAGUCGGUGAGUCCCGUGGAGGUCACCCAUGAGUUCCUGGCCAAAGCCUGCCAACACAUCAAAGAGAAAGGCGAGAAGAAACCUCUCCUAGAACAACGUAGGAAACAGAAACAUAGCCAGUGACCAGUAUGGCUAUCCUACUCUUCAUCCUCAUCACGCUUGGGGCAGGGCUACCCGCACAAGCGUUUCCACACGAUAAUGUAUUUUGGCAAUUUGCAAACUGGACUGCCAGAGAACAUACUAACGAGUCAUGUUAUGUCUGUCAUAUUUUGCCCACUAGUAGUUCCACCAACUUGUUAAAGCCUUCGCACAACAAUGAUUCUACUACCCUGACUGCUAUAUCUCGUGGGUGCAUAUCUAAUCGAUGCAUAUCCGCCUCCCUCAAUCCUAGUACCUUUACCACUAACUUCAUGACCACCAAUCUAACCCACCAAGAAUACCUGAGUAGACAGGGAGAUCGAUGGUGUCAGGCGUCUUCUGGCACGGGUAGUGCUAGCAGAACCAGAUGUCUCAAAAUUUUAAGAGACACUUAUAAAGAUGCGAAGCCUGAAGGGUUCAAAUCAUUUUCACCCCCGGGAUUUAUGUUCAAAUACUGUUUUAAAGGAACAGGGAACGUGUUUUUAGGGCACAUUGCUACUAGCCACUGCCAAACUAUCUAUAAACCCUAUACUUUCAACGGAUCCUGUCCUUCCGGGAACUGCUCUGCCAUAGCCCCCAGUAACGGAGGAACUGUGGUAUAUGACCUCGACUGGUAUUGGGUGUGUGGAGAAAAUGUGUACCUGUUCCUCCCGGCCUUCUGGGAAGGAAUCUGCGCCCUAACUCAGUUUAAUAGUUCUGUUAUUCUCGUCACUACAAACCCAACGGGGACCCAGCAUCAUCAUAGGUCCAAACGAUCCACCACAGACGAUUCAUUCCCACCACCCGAGCAUCAGCUAGAAAGUAAAUGGAAUAAGUUUUGGCAAUCAUUGGUCCCACAGUAUGGACUGACUCAAGUGUGGAAUCAAUUAGAAGUCACUCACUAUCGUCUCGCCACAUACGUUAAUGUCACCAAUGCCGCCAUGGAAGGCGUCCGAACCGAACUAACCGCCCUUCGUCUAACCACCGUACAGAACCGGAUGGCACUAGAUAUAUUGUUGGCCAAGGAGGGUGGGGUGUGCGCCAUGGUAGGGGAUAUGUGCUGCACGUAUGUCCCGGCCAAUGACGAAGAGCAUGGGAUAAUUGCAACCAAGGUCGAGAAAAUGCGAGAGGUGGCCCGAGAGUUAAAGCUAGACGAAUAUGGUGGAUCUGACUGGGGGUAGGGAUUUUUCCACUCCCUCUUUGGCUUCCUCACACCAUAUGUGUCCAUGAUCAUUCCAGUAGUCCUUGUCCUCUUACUAAUAUGUAUCCUCGGGCCCUGUGUAUUCCGUUGCCUAAUGGACCGCGUGUAUGCUACGACCACGGCCUUUUCUGAACCCGGAUAUAUGGCGUUAAGGCAAAGAGUAGAUACCCCUGUAUAACGUUAUACUUAAAUAAGUAUUGAAGUAUAAAAGAGGGGAUUGUUAGAAUAUAUGCAUAAGCUGCUAUGUUCUCGAGCCUGUGUACUAACCUUUUUUUAACUGCUGUAACCUUUUGAUGAACUUGCUGACAACUAUGUCUGCACAACUGUUCCUGUUUUGCUGGAGGAAGUGCUAGCCCAAUCCAGCUGACAGUGUCAUAAGUAACCUAUUGCACAAUAUAUAGAAUGCUCAAAACCUUUCCAUAUAAGGCUAAACCCAGCUAUGUGAUAUUUGUGACAUCUGUAUCCUGUCGCCUAUAAAAAUGUAACCUCUGUUCUUCCCCUUCUGAGCAUUGCUUCAAAUAAACCAGAUUUGAUUUCA